AUGGCGGCAUAUUUUCGAAAUGAUGGUUGGAAAGAAGACAUCGUUCUCAAAGAAGAAACGGCUAAAUAUGUAAAACAGGGUUUUCAACGGAGAGAAAUGUUAGAUUUUUUGAAAAGGGAUUUUGCCCAAUAUGCAUGGAGCCUUCGCACUGUCGACAGACGCCUUCGUCACUUUGAUAUACAGUACAAUGACAAAAAUGUGUCGGUGGAGGAAGUUAAAGAUGUUGUAAAAAAGGAGCUUGACGGACCAGGAAAACAGUUAGAAUACAGAGCAAUGCACCGAAAAGUUCGACAAGUUCAUGAUCUCAAUGUUCCACGAGAUUUAGUUCAUGCGGCAAUGUAUGACCUCGCCCCGAAGGGUCUGGAAGCCCGUGGACCAGUUAGCAAAAAGAAAACAAUCCCCAAGGGAAGUUUUACAACAAAAGGCCCUAACUGGGUCCAUUCUCUAGAUGGCCAUGAUAAACUAAUGGGCUACUAA